AUGAUAGCAAUCGAGUCCCCAGCUUACCUGCCGUCUCAACUUUUCUGUAAAUCUCAAGCUUCGUCAAGUACCGGGAGCCAGUAUCUCAGCAGCUCACAGUCCCACGGCCAUGGCAGCAUUUUCAAGCAGCACAAUCUGUGCUUCUUCAAAACACCGAUUAAGUAUUCAUUUUUCUUCGACACUCGGAGGAUAAACUGUAAACAUAUCGGUGAUUCUGCUUUCGUCUGUCGUUCCUCAUUGGCUUCGCCGCAAAUUGAUCAGGAGGAUGAUCGGAAGAAGGUUCCUGAUGUUCAAUCGUUGGUGAGAAGGUUCUGGAAAGUGGCCGAGCCUUACUGGUUUUCCGAUGAUAAGGUUGGGGCACGGUGGAGGCUGGCGGCGGUUUUUGCUCUCACGCUGGGGACCACCGGAAUCAGCGUCGGCUUCAAUUUCCUCGGACGGGACUUUUUUAACGCUUUAGCCAACAAGGAUCAAGAGCAGUUCACAAAGCAAUUACUAUACUACUUGGCCAGUUUUGCUGGUGGAAUUCCGGUUUUUGUAUUGCGAGAUUAUGCAAAAGACACUCUUUCUUUACGAUGGAGAUCUUGGAUGACAAGCUAUUACAUGGACCGCUAUCUGAAAAACCGAACCUUUUACAAGAUACAAUCCCAGUCAAUCAUUGAUAACCCUGAUCAGCGGAUUGUUGAUGAUCUAAGCUCUUUCACAGGAACUGCUCUUGCGUUCUCCCUGACACUCUUCAAUGCGACUAUAGACUUGAUAUCUUUCAGUAACAUUUUGUAUGGUAUUUAUCCACCACUAUUUCUCGUACUUCUUGGAUACUCAUUUGGUGGAACAGCUAUCAGUGUAUACCUUGGGAGGGGAUUGGUGAAUCUGAACUUCUUGCAAGAGAAAAAAGAAGCAGAUUUUCGAUAUGGACUUGUGCGUGUGAGAGAAAAUGCAGAAUCCAUUGCCUUCUAUGAUGGAGAGGAAAAUGAGAUGCAACUACUGCUGCAGCGGUUCAGUAGUGCUUUCGACAAUCUUAGUAAAUUGUUGAUAUCUUCCAGAAACCUGGAUUUCUUCACCAGCGGCUACCGGUACCUGAUUCAGAUUCUUCCUGCAGCAGUUGUUGCACCCAUGUACUUCUCUGGAAAAAUUGAAUUUGGAGUAAUAAAUCAGUCUAUGUCUGCUUUUAAUCACAUACUCGGAGAUUUUUCCCUCAUCGUGUACCAAUUUCAGGCCAUCAGUGCCUUUUCUGCUGUCAUUGAUCGGCUAGGUGAAUUUGAUGAUCUUUUAACUAGUAACGAAACCAGUAGAGACGGUGAACCCGUUGAACAAAUCCAUCGUGAAUUUUGCAAUCUAAACAGUUCAGAAAUGUGUAAUGGAGCUGUGCCACUCAAAGGAGAUUCAGAAUUGCUCUCAAUUGAGCGUUUGACACUGUUGACUCCAAGUAAAGCUACUCUUAUAAGGGACUUGACAUUGGAGAUCUGCGAGAAGGAUCAUCUGCUGAUUACAGGACCAAGUGGAAGUGGUAAAACUUCAUUGCUGAGAGCUUUAGCUGGACUGUGGAGCUUUGGAAGGGGAACAAUAAGAUUCUAUAACAAAACUACAAGGGGUACUUCGCCACACCUUUCUGAAAGUGUAGCUUCACCUAAAGCAACUUUGCCAUAUGGGCUCGAACCUGACCAAAUGAAUAAGAAUAACUCAAGAGAUGUAUUUUUCCUUCCUCAAAAACCAUACAUGGUUUUGGGAACGUUACGCCAACAAUUGCUUUAUCCUACUUGGAGUGACGAACCAGUACCCGUGUCAGAUGGUGAUACUUCGAAUGGUUUGUUGCCUUUCCUGACCCGAAAGAGAGACAAUGAUUCAAGACCUGUGAAGCCAACAACUGAUGAUUUAGUCCAAGUUCUCAAAGAUGUUCGCCUUAGCUACAUAUUAUCACGAUUUGACCUAGAUUCCAUGUAUGAAUGGUCUAGUGUUCUAUCUAUUGGUGAGCAGCAACGCCUAGCAUUUGCACGCUUGUUGCUCUCGAGACCAAACUUGGCCCUGCUAGAUGAGUCGACAAGUGCUUUAGAUGAAACCAAUGAGGCUCAUUUGUAUAAGCUGAUUGAAGCUGCUGGGAUCACAUACGUGAGCAUAGGCCAUAGACGAACACUAUACGAACACCAUAAAAACGUGCUCCACAUAUCCCCUGUGGACCCCACUGGUGAACUCCUAAAUUGGCUCGUCGAGCCCAUUACUUAUAAUGUAUCCGCAUACAAUUCAUCAAAGCAGUAG